UGCCUCUCUUCCCCGACUUCCUUUUCUUCUUCUCUUCUUCUUUCCGGUCGUCUUUAGCGACAAGCGCACACAUUAGAGCUACGUCCCACCAUGUCUGACCACGAGGAUGCUGCCGACCCCGUCGAGUACUACGACGAGGGCAUCGAUGGCGAUGAGCAGUAUGAUCCGGAUGCCGAUGUGAUGGGCCAGGACGACAUGGGAGAGGCCAACGGUAUUGUCGACGGCAACGAUCCGACUGGAUUGACGGCCGAGACGCCGAACACGGAGAAGAUCACGACGCCGUACAUGACCAAGUACGAACGGGCGAGAAUCCUGGGGACGAGGGCACUUCAGAUCAGCAUGAAUGCCCCCGUCCUGGUGCCCGUCGAUGGCGAGACGGACCCGCUGGCAAUUGCCAUGAAGGAAUUGGCGGCCAAGAAGAUCCCCCUGAUCGUGCGAAGGACGCUGCCUGACGGAUCAUUUGAGCUUUGGAAGGUUUCUGAGCUCAUCACCAACGAUUAGUUUGCCUACACCCCCAAGCUGCUUCUUUAGACUUCGUUCAUCCCUGCACUUUCCACUUCUCCCAUCACUCCUGUUUUGUUAACUGUACAAAAGCUCAAGUCAAGGUCCUUAAUCGUCAUGUUCAAUAUCCGUGA